AAUGGUCUGCAACGUACGGUGGACGUCAACAACAACAACAUGAUGCCGUAGCUAUGGAUUACGGAUUUUGUUUACGGAUUUAUGCUACUUUUUUUUUUUUUUACCUCAGUUGAAGGUAUAAAAGAAACGGGAGGAAGAAACGAAGAGUUUCUGUGCCACAAUGAAAGCGAGCAGAGGCAACAUGCUGGAUGCUGGUGUUUUCAACAAGGUCAAAUAUUCGCGGCUGGCUGCGGAUGAUGAUGGAUACAUUGACUUACAGUUUAAGAAAAGUCCACCAAAGGUCCCGUACAAGGCAAUCGCACUGGCAGUCUUUCUCUUUCUGGUUGGCACCUUACUCAUCACCUUUGGGGGUCUUCUUCUCGCUGGCACUAUUGUGGUUGAGCACCCGGAUCGCACUAUCCCUGUCAUCAUCAUAGGGAUUCUCGUAUUCCUUCCUGGAUUUUACCAUUUAAGAAUCGCCUACUAUGCCGCCAAGGGAUACAGAGGUUACUCCUAUGACGAUAUCCCAGAUUUCGGUGACUGAGUGGAGAGACAACUUCUGACUUGCCUUUUACCCUAUUUAUACCCAUAAAGUAUCUCCUGCUUUUUUUUUUGUCUCCCAGCAUGUAGCAUAUAAAACAAAAGUAUCACACUGGCCAGGCACAGCGCUCCAUGUUUAUCCGCAGGUGGACUGAACAGGAUUUAAGAUAAUCGCUAUGGUCCUGUCUGCGCCGCUCCAUACAGAGACAAACCUUCCUGACAGUGAACCAAAGUGGCACAAACGAUGCAGCUUUUUGCCUGCAUCCCAGCAGCUACAAUCUCAAGAGAGAAUACUGAAAACGUGUGUUGACUCAAAUCCCUGCUGCUGUGUUACUGUUACAUAAUGUACACUGUGUAUGUAUGUAUUUCAUGUUUUGUUAAUUUAUCCAUCAUUUCAAAUGAGAUGCCUUGUGUCCUUUGUUACACCGCUGUUUCAUCAUGUCCAAGUUUAAAACCAAUUUUAACUACGUUAUAUCAGUUUGCAGGACUAUCCAAAGACCCAAUGCUUGAUCAAAUUGCUUUAUAUGUUCCCUGUACUAUGGGAAUAUAUUUACAUUAGCAAUUGUCUUUGUUUUGAAUAAGUAUGUAUUUUAUGUAGAUCUGCUUGAUUAAAGAAGGAAUUUGUUAGUUA